GGUUGCGGUCCCAGUUUAUCUCCAUUCGCCUUUACAGCCUGCGACAGCGUCUGCCCGCGAUUCGGCCUGCAGCGGGUGGAUUGGUGGCAUGGGGCACGUCUCUGCUGCAGCCUCAGCGGCUUCUGCAGCUGUAUUCACUUCAGGGGGCGCUGCAGCCUCUUCGUAUUCCGGUCAGCCCUGUCUGAGGUCAGGUUUCGAAGCCAUGAAACGUCCGUCCGGCGCAUCGCAAAAUUGGGCACCGGAUGUGUUCCCAAGGUGAACUUGGCGGUAUGUCAAGGGCGCGGUGAGCACAAAAUUUGA